UGCGCAUCAUUUGAACGUUAUUACAUGGAAAUUAGCUAUGAGCUCGUUCACUCGCGCGCGUUCCGUCCUUAUAAUAACGUGGUCGAGCAAACGAGUCCAUCCACUCUCUCGAUGCGUAAAAAUGGGAAAUUCAAUCACGAUGCGAGGUCCAGUUUUAUUCGACUGGUCACACCCACGCUUUCGCGUGUAUAGCUCGCGGCAGCAAGUGAUAGCAAUUCGAAACGAAAAAGAGCCGAUGAGAAGUUCGAGGCUUAUAUAAAGCCAAGCUCAGUUACGAGAAUUCCUCGGCUUGUGCAGUUCCAUAUUGUGCGCGACAAUCAGAGCUGAAGUAAGCGUCAAAAUAAUCAUGUUACAGCUUUUUCUUCUCAGUUUUUGCAUUUAUAAUGCACUUGGGAAUCCGAUUAAAACAUUCGAAGUGAUGCACGACGAAGCAAACGAAGCGGAAAUAAUCGAGGCGGUGCCUCGGCUGCCAGGCACGGUGAAUCUUUUUGAAAAACGAAUACCAGUGCUGCGUCUUUUUGUGCCGUAUGAGAGGGAAAACGGACCGACGGGAUCGAAAAAUCUUCAUGAACAGACACAAAUACCCCAUUAUUACGGGCCACCGUCUCAUGGCAUUCGCAAUUUCGAAGAGAAAGCUAUACCCAACGCUGUUAUCGCCCGAUUGAACGCGGAGGGCUUUAAACAUUAUUCCGAUGAAAUCGAUCAUAUAUACGCUUGAAAAAUUACAUCUCGUAGUGAAUGUAGGUGCAUCUUUUGUAUGCAGCAAUUUUGCCGGAAUUCGUCAAUGUAAUACUUUCUUUCGUGAUGGGCGUUGGUAAAUGGAACUGGCAUGCGUUUUCUAUGCGCUCCGACCAUGAUAUUGUCAUGAGCAAACUACUUUAUCAACUGUUCGUUACCUACUUUCUCCUUUGCCAUAAACAACCAGCAGUUGCUGGUUGAUAGUCAACGGUGUUGUUUAGAACGGAAAAUUUCGUGUAUAAAAUUACGUAAAUUUGUGACGAUUGAUAAAAUGUUUGAAUGGGUAUCAUUACACGCAUAAAUUUUAAAUAAUUUGUAAAAAAAAUAUCAACCGCAUGUGUAUUGUGUUUAUUGGCAACUGUAUUUUUAAUACAUGGUAUAAUAACGAAAUUGAUAGCAAAACAUAUUUGUAAUUUAUUUCUUGUAUUUUAAUCAAUAUUUAUUGAUAUGCGAGAGAUAUAAAAACCAUUGUAUCGUAUGCAUGGAAUUAUUUAAAUAGACUGUAUUCAUAAUAAAAGUAAA